AUGGGGAACCACACAAGAGUGACAGUGUUCAUCCUAGCAGGUCUGACUGAUGAUCCUCAACUGAAGGCGGUGGUGUUUACCUUCCUGCUGCUCACCUACCUGCUCAGCAUCACCAGCAAUCUGAUCAUCAUCACACUCACCCUGCUGGAUACUCACCUCAAGACUCCCAUGUACUUCUUCCUUCAGAAUUUUUCCUUCUUAGAAAUUUCCUUCACAACUACAUGCAUCCCCAAAUUACUAGUGAUGAUGGCAACCGGGGACAAAACCAUUUCCUAUAACAGUUGUCUUGCUCAGGUGUUCUUUGUCUUCCUUCUUGCAGCAUGUGAAUUUUACCUGCUGGCAGCAAUGUCCUAUGACCGCUAUGUUGCCAUCUGUAAGCCCCUGCAUUACACAGCCAUCAUGAGCACUAAAAUCUGCACACAGCUUGUCUUCUGUUGUUGGCUUGCUGGGUUCUUUACCAUCUUUAUAUGUCUCCUCUUAGGCCUAAACCUUGAUUUCUGUGACUCCAACAUUGUUGAUCAUUUCUACUGUGACUCAACUUCCCUCAUGCAGAUCUCCUGCUCAGACACAAAGCUCACCGAGACAAUGGGUUUCAUUUCUGCUGUGAUGACACUCGUGGUCACCUUGGCAAUGGUGAUAAUAUCAUAUAUGUAUAUUGUAUUAACAAUUCUAAAAUUCCCUUCAGCUAAUCAGAGGAAGAAAGCUUUUUCAACAUGUUCUUCUCACAUGAUUGUGAUCUCCCUUUCUUAUGGCAGCUGCAUCUUCAUAUAUGUUAAACCUUCAGUGAAACAAAAAGUAUCUUUUUCCAAGGGAAUUGCAGUUCUCAAUACCUCUGUUGCACCAUUUUUGAACCCUUUCAUCUACACCUUACAGAACCAACAGGUGAAACAAGUCUUCAUUAAUAUGAUACACAGGGUUGUUUCUCUCCCAAACAAAUGAAUAUCCUAUUGCAUCACAUGUAAAGAAACAAACAAAGGGACCCUGGCAAUACCAGUGUAUCCAAUAGUAGCUUCCAAUACAUAGUUUCCUCCUUUAUUUUGGUUUCUUUGCUUAGUUAUUUAUCUUUAUCUCAUUUCAAGUUGUAUGUUCAAAAAGCUUGGUUUCAAAGAAUUUUAUUUUCUUUAUAGUCUUCAGUAUAGAUUAUUUUCACUUUACUUCUUUUCUAUUGAUAUCUGGAAAAACUGAGCCAAGUUCUUCAGUCUGUCUCUUUUAUAUUCGAAUUCUAGUUAGUCAAGAAUAUAAAUAUAUUUAAUUAAAAUAUAUUGAAUGUAGCAUGCCAUGUAAAGGUUAUUAUCAUUGUUUAUUUGCAUUUAAUUACAACCUACUUAAAAUAAUAUUCAUUUAUAUUUUUGAAAUAUUAUCAACUGUUGUGUGUACUCUAUUGAAUGAAUAAAAAGAAAAUUGUGGCAGAGUUAACCAUUAUUGUUGAUGCUCAACUUAGAAAGUGUUUGUCUAUUAAAAACAAAAGAUCAUUGUGUUAAAAUACAACCAAAGAAUCUGGUUGUUUUCUAUUACUGUACUGUUAACAUUUAGAAGUUUUUCAAUUGUAGAUGAAAAAUGUGUUUUCUUAUGACCUUAUUUUAAAAAAUAACAGUGAAAUACCAUGCUUAUUAGGUGUUUCCAUUCUCAAAAAACUCCUUUUGAAAACUUGGGAUACUUCUGACGCUAACUGGAAACUGCUUAUAAAUGACUGAUAAAUGAGGAGGACAAGGCUAACUCAAUGUAUUUAUUCCUUCUGUUUGUCACUGAAAAACAUAUAUACAUUUAUAGCUAUA